AGCCAAGUCUUCACAAAAAAUGGCAUCAAUCUCGGAUAUGGGUAGCUCUAACUGGUAGCGGUUGCAUUAUCUUAAAAAGAGAAAAACAACAAUUGGAAUCCCGAGGACGUUUCGGUUUUCGUAGCUUGAAUAGUAUAGUAACACUUCUUAAAAUGCCGAGCAACAAGAUUGAUAAACCCGAGAAGCCGGAAAUCAGCGACAACGUCAAGGUGGUGGUGAGAUGUCGGCCUCUCAACCAGAAAGAGAAAAUGAUGGCCAACAAACAGGCAGUCAGUGUGGACGAGAUCCGAGGCACCAUCACCGUCAACAAACUAGAGACACUCCACGAACCCCCCAAAACCUUUACCUUCGACACAGUAUUCGGUCCAGAGAGUAAACAGCUGGAUGUUUACAAUCUCACAGCCCGCCCUAUCAUCGACUCAGUUUUAGAGGGUUACAAUGGGACCAUCUUUGCAUACGGGCAGACGGGAACAGGCAAGACGUUCACCAUGGAGGGUGUGAGGGCAGUGCCAGAGCUCAGAGGCAUCAUUCCCAACUCCUUCGCUCACGUCUUUGGCCACAUUGCCAAGGCAGAGGGUGACACUCGGUUCCUAGUACGAGUUUCUUACCUGGAGAUUUACAACGAAGAAGUGAGAGACUUACUGGGCAAGGAUCAGAUGCAGAGAUUAGAGGUGAAAGAGAGGCCUGACGUGGGCGUGUACAUUAAGGACCUGUCUGGGUACGUAGUGAACAAUGCAGACGAUAUGGACAGGAUCAUGACCCUGGGACACAAGAACCGCUCUGUUGGUGCCACCAAUAUGAACGAGCACAGUUCACGCUCGCACGCUAUCUUCACCAUCACCAUCGAGUGUAGCGAGAAGGGCAUGGAUGGCAACCAACACGUCCGCAUGGGCAAGCUACAUCUGGUGGACCUGGCGGGCUCAGAGAGGCAAGGCAAGACCGGAGCAACAGGCCAGCGCCUGAAGGAGGCCACCAAGAUCAAUUUGUCCCUGUCCACCCUGGGGAACGUGAUCUCCGCCCUGGUGGACGGAAAGAGCACCCACGUGCCGUACAGGAACUCCAAGCUCACCCGGUUGCUGCAGGACUCCUUGGGGGGAAACUCCAAAACCAUGAUGUGUGCUAAUAUUGGGCCGGCAGAUUACAACUAUGACGAGACCAUCAGUACGCUGCGGUAUGCCAACCGGGCCAAGAACAUCAAGAACAAGGCCCGCAUCAACGAGGACCCGAAGGACGCGCUUUUGCGCCAGUUCCAAAAGGAGAUUGAAGAGCUAAAAAAGAAGCUGGAGGAAGGGGAGGAAAUCUCAGGGUCAGAAGGCAGUGGGUCAGAAGAAAUGGAUGAAGGAGAAGAUGAAGGAGGAGAGGUUGGAGAGGAACGCAGAAAACGAAGAGGGAAGAAGAAAGUUUCUCCAGACAAGAUGGUGGAGAUGCAGGCGAAGAUUGAGGAGGAGCGCAGAGUGCUGGAGGCGAAGCUGGACAUGGAAGAGGAGGAGAGGAACAAGGCCAGGGCUGAGCUGGAGAAGAGGGAAAAGGAUCUGCUGAAGGCCCAACAGGAGCAUCAGCUGCUGCUGGAGAAGCUGCUGGCACUGGAGAAGAAGGUGAUCGUGGGCGGCGUGGACCUGCUGGCCAAGGCCGAGGAGCAGGAGAAGCUGCUGCAGGAGUCCAACAACGAGCUGGAGGAGCGACGCAGGAGGGCGGAGCAGCUACGGAGGGAGCUGGAGGAGAAGGAGCAGGAACGCGUGGACAUGGAGGAGAAGUACAGCAGCCUGCAGGAGGAGGCCCAGGGCAAGACCAAGAAGCUGAAGAAGGUGUGGACCAUGCUGAUGGCAGCCAAAUCUGAGAUGGCAGACCUGCAGCAGGAGCACCACAGGGAAAUCGAGGGUCUUCUGGAGAACAUCAGGCAGCUGAGCAGAGAGCUGCGUUUGCAGAUGCUGAUCAUAGACAACUUUAUCCCUCAGGAGUACCAGGAGAUGAUUGAGAACUAUGUGCACUGGAACGAAGACAUUGGAGAAUGGCAGCUGAAGUGCGUGGCAUACACUGGCAACAAUAUGAGGAAACAGACACCCCUACCAGACAAGAAGGAGAAAGAUCCGUUGGAGGUGGACCUGUCCCAUGUGUACCUGGCCUACACAGAGGAGAGCAUGAGGCAGUCUCUCAUGAGACUGGAGAGGCCACGCACCUCCAGGAGCGCCAAGAGUGGCAGGCCCAAGACUGGACGCAGGAAGCGCUCUGCAAAGCCUGAGGCGGUGAUCGAGUCGCUCCUGCAAUGAGUUGAAGACGGGGACCUGCAACGCCACACUGGAACAACAAGAGACCGAGAUCUGGCUCCUGAACGUUGUUUAAAACAUGUAUGUGAACACACUGUAUAGAUGUGAGAGGAUCAGGGAGCACACACUGUAGUAUUUAGACACAGUGAGAUUACUUUAACUUUUUUAUUUCAUAAAAUGUUUGGCUUCCUCAAGAGGGUCUUAAUGUGUAAUGUUUUUUGCAGUAGUGUCUGCACUGUUCCUCCUAAACAGAACCUUGUUCCUGUCUGUGAUGUCUGGGGGUUUCCUAUGCCAAACAAUCUGUUCAAUAUCCUUCAGGAUGGUAUAGAAAUGGGCAAAAAUAAAAGUUCGAAAACCAAGAAAAUACACUUCCUGCAAUUAAUCACAGUGUACGCUUAUGGACGGUAGGUAUUUUGCACCUCUAUGUAGAGAAGUUUGAGUUCUGGAAAUCAAAAAUGUGCUUUAAGCUUUAUAUACUUUAGGUCAGAAAGGUAGGACAUGCAUGCUGGACAGGUCCUAUGGUUAGGGUCCUAUGGCCAUUUGCUCAAAACACAUUGUUUUGUUUCAUUAUUAUUCUUGUCUUUAUUGUGCAGCAUAGUCGAAGCAGAGUGACAUUCUGUAUUAUACUGUAUGUCUGAAAUGUUUACAUCUAUUGAUGCCCUUUACCCCCGUAUACUGUAUUUAAUUUAUUAAAUUAUUUUACAUGUUUUAUCUUG